AGUUCUUUACAUUAAUAUAUGUAAUAGAAUUACUUGCAAAAUGUCUAUGGAGUCCAUUUCUCAAUUACGUAACCAAGUGAAGCCUUUUCUGGCAGCAAUUCUGCUACAAUUUGGCUAUGCAGGACUAUCCAUUAUUACCAAGUUUGCUUUAAACCAGGGAAUGAGCCAACAUGUAUUGGUAGUUUACCGGCACGCCGUUGCCACUGCCGUCGUUGCUCCUUUUGCUAUUGUCUUGGACAGGAAAGUAAGGACAAAGUUGACCUUCUCUCUCUUUGCUAAGAUUGUGUUGCUCGGCUUAUUGGAACCUGUAAUAGACCAGAACUUGUUCUAUACCGGGAUGAAGUAUACUACAGCGACUUUUACAUCUGCUAUGUGCAAUGUUCUUCCUGCCUUUGCAUUUUUAAUGGCUUGGGCUUGUGGGCUUGAGAAAGUGUAUAUUAAGAGACUGCAUAGCCAGGCAAAGGUGUUGGGGACUAUAGUGACAGUUGGGGGGGCAAUGUUUAUGACUCUGGUUAAAGGAACUAUGUUGAAUUUACCCUGGACAAAUCUGGGAAAUGCUCAUGAAACAUCUACAAGUUCUGUAAACAAGCAAGAUCCCAUCAGAGGUGCUCUCAUGAUUAUAUCAGGCUGUGCCUGCUGGUCUGGUUUCAUCAUUCUUCAAGCAAUUACCCUGAAAUCAUAUCCGGCAGAGCUUUCCUUGACAGCUUUGAUAUGCUUGAUGGGCACUCUUGAAAGUAGUAUACUGGCCCUUGUAAUGGAACGGGGCAACCCCUCGGCGUGGUCAAUUCACUUGGAUGUUAAGCUCUUAGCUUGUGUAUACAGUGGCGUGGUAUGUUCAGGAUUUGCUUAUUACAUUCAAGCAGUGAUAAUGAAGGAAAGAGGACCUGUUUUUGUGACUGCUUUUAGUCCCCUAACCAUGAUUCUAGUUGCAAUUAUGGGAUCAUUCAUUCUAUCCGAAACAUUAUACUUGGGAAGGGUUAUUGGAGCAGUCGUCAUUGUUGUUGGCCUGUAUCUGGUUUUAUGGGGCAAGAGCAAGGAUCAAGACCAAAUUACCAUGUCAGAGAGCAAUAAGGUACUACCAACAACCCAAAAUGCGGCUAUCAUGGAAGAGAGCAUAAAGACUACUACUUCAAAUCAAGAAUUUGUGGCAAUCGAUGGAUCUAAACUCUAAAGUUCUGUUUUCACAUGACUUCCAGUACUAACGUACCUCUGCAGCUCGUGUGUGUGUGUGCGCGCAUAUAUAUAGCAUUAAUAACUUAAUACGUACGUGCUUGAUCAGCCAUUAGGCAUGAAAUGGGUAUGUCCGUUUCUGCAGACCCAAAAACGUAGGAUUGCUCAUGUACACAGCCGGUCGAUCGUGUUUUAGAACUAUAUAUGCAUGCAUGUGAGGAACAGUACAAGCUAGCUUGCUACUUAUCGAUCUAUAAACUGAGUUAUUCUGUGAGAA